AAUAAAAACUAACAAAAAAAAAAAAAUCAAAAAGGAACUUUUUGUUCAUUUUCAAAAGAAAAUUCUAUAAUAAGUGCUGAAGCAGAAUGUCGAAGAAGGAAGAUACACCGUUUGUCAUCGACUUCAAAUCGAAAACGUCAUCWCGAUAUGGCGCCGCCGUUACAGCUGCAAACACACCGACUGGUAGCGUCAACACGCCCACCACAGCCAGAGCUAGCAAUAUCAAUAAUAAUGCAGAGCGUACACCGUCCAUGAUGUAUGUGUUGCAUGGACAUGAGCACAUUGAAUUGCGCGACCAUUGCCAUCGUCAACGAACCGAAGGCGUGGAUUUGAAGGCUCGUAAAAAACUGAUCAUCGCUAGUAUCUUGUGUUUGGUCUUUAUGGUCUGUGAGAUUAUUGGUGGCAUUUUAUCGAACAGUUUGGCGAUUGCAACAGAUGCCGCUCACUUACUAACAGAUUUUGCCAGUUUUAUGAUAUCAUUGUUUGCCAUCUGGAUAGCUGGGCGACCAUCAACACAGCGCAUGUCCUUCGGCUGGUAUCGCGCCGAGGUUAUCGGCGCCAUGGCCUCGGUCGUGAUGAUUUGGGUCAUUACCGCCAUACUCGUUUGGUUGGCCGUGCAGCGUUUGAUUAAUCGCGAUUUUGAAGUGAAUGCCAAGAUUAUGCUGAUUACGUCUGGUUUAGCGAUUUUGGUUAAUUUGAUCAUGGGCAUACAGCUACAGCAUGGUCACUCGCAUGGCGGUAUGUCCGGCGGGCAUGGCCACAGUCACGGCGGCAAGUCAAAGAGGCAGAAGAAGGGUAAGAAAGCCGCUAAUUUGCAAGUGGUUGCCAGUGAGGAGAGCAGCAGUAACCUAGCGCUCUCCACCGCCGCCAUUAAACCGGCUGCCAGCAGCGAAAGACGUUUUGUGGCCGGUCCGACGUGUACACCCACAGGCCAUUGCGCGCUGCCACCAACGCAGCGUCCGCUCGAAGAUGGCGCUGCCGAACUUGAGUUGGACGCCAAUGAUGCCGCUAUGCCUGUCUCCGGUUUAUCCACGUUCUCUUACCAGAAUUCGACUUCGGCGCAGGAGCUGCGCGCCGAGAUUGCUGCGGUCAUGGCGGAGACAGCGCCGGGUGCUCAUCAUCAUGGCGGUGUGGCGUCACGUGAGGCGGAGAAUUUGAAUGUACGCGCCGCUUUUAUACACGUUGUCGGUGAUAUGAUACAGAGUGCGGGCGUAUUUGUAGCCGCAUUGGUGAUAUUCUUCCGUCCGGAUUGGGCGAUUGUCGAUCCGAUUUGCACGUUCAUCUUUUCGAUCAUUGUGCUCUUCACGACAUUUACUAUCAUGAAGGAUGCGCUCUUGGUUUUAAUGGAGGGUACACCCAGUUAUAUGCACUACGCUGAGGUCCUUGAAGUCUUCGAGCAUAUUGAGGGUGUGAGACGUGUGCAUAAUUUGCGUAUUUGGGCGUUGAGCAUUAAUAAAGUCGCCCUCUCCGUACAUUUGGCAAUUGCACCCGAAGCGAAUGCCAAACGCAUUCUGGAGGAGGCCAGCACGGCCGUUCAUCGGCGCUAUAAUUUCUUUGAGACGACCAUACAAAUCGAGGAGUUCACACCGGCAAUGGAGAACUGUCAGCAGUGUUGUGUGCCAGUCACGUAGACGGGGGGACAAUCAACAAUGCUAUAGCGGGAGUGGAAGCCACAGCGCUGCGUCGUCAAGCACAAUUUUUGUAAUGCCAUUUAAUAUACAUAUAUACGCGCCUACAUAUAUGCUUGUAAUCUGUAUUUAGUUAUAAAUGGGAGGAAAAGUUUUUGUUUUGUAACUUUUGCUUGUAAGUACUUUUUCGUCGUCUGUGUCUGUCGUAAGAAAUUUUUGUGGUUUUCUAUUAAAUUUCACAUUCUUUAUUUAAUGUGCGCUUUGAAGCGGUAUUUCGACACAACGAAUUUGAAUUAUUCUCUUCCAGU